AUGGAAAGAAACCAAACGGACUCAACCACUUCCAAUGAUCCAUACAACACCACAGCAACCACAACCCUACGUCCAGCACAACAACAGUUGGAAUCUACCUCAACAGAAAGACCAUUAUUGAAACCGCAACCUCAUGGAUCAUCACUUACUGAGUGGAAUUAUUCAACAAUGUUGACGCCAGGUGAGGCCUCUGUAUCAUCGCCAGCGUCACUAUUACAUAAUAACAAUAUUGAAACUACCAUUUCACAACCACCACGAGAUGAUAAAGGUAUUCCACUCGAUCAUCAUCAUCAACAACAACGAGCAACAUCUUUGAACUUUAUUGAAACUAUCAGUCCUUCUUCUAUUCAAUAUUCUAGUCCAGCUAUUUUUGAUAAAGGCCAGGGACCAUCGAAAACAUGGAGCGGCGCAGGAUUUCAACAAGCAUCAACAUCUUCAUCCUCCUCGACCAUACCUCUUGUCACGACUGGAACACCACAAUUUUAUGGAGACAGUUCUGAGAAGAGAAUUGAUUCCCUUCAAUUAGUGCCAUUCGAAGCAGAUCAUGAAAUGGAAGAAGUUGAUAUUCACACCACAGAAGAGGAUACUUCUACAUUGCAAACAUUGAGAAGACGAUCGUCUUUACUUGCUCGGCCUUCAAAACAUGUGAAAUUAUAUUUUGGACUUGCCAUUGCUGUGGCCAUGUUGGUAUGGAUGGUCCCAUGUUUGUCACUUCUUCCCUUACUUGCCUUUUACGGAUACUUUAAGAAUUCACACAACCCAAGAGAAAGAAAAUUUGCUAGGUUUUCAAAGAAAGCAAUUUAUUUCCUCAUUCUGUUUGAUGUCAUCAUGUUCAUUGUGCUAUUCGUAAGUGUGAUCAUUUAUGUUCUUGCAAAGGAAAGAAACAAACCCAAUUUCAAUUUGUACCAAUAA